AUGCUAUUACAUUGGUCUGUGCUAGAACCGUCGGGCACCUCGAAAUUAUCGGCAAUACGGUUCUCCUCCCCGGUCUGCGUGAAAUCUAUCCGUUUAUUUCCCACUGGCGCCCAGCCUUUUGCAGCAAACCCCGAUAUAGUCGCUCGAACCGAGCCUGAGGCGUUUCGCUUGAACAUCUUCUUCAAUGCUGUCCCAAUAUCGACCAAUGCGAAGCAGAAACCAAAAGCCACCAAUGCUCUCAUUCCAACGACGCUGGCAUACACCGGCACGCCGACCAGCUUCGACAUAGAGAUGGGUCAUGAGUAUGCUACCAGACUUAUGAUACUCAGUGGGGAUUUUCAUUCCAUAACAAUCGCCGUAUACGGCGAGAUCGCAUCCGAACUGUCAAACUUCCCUACGACCUACGAACCGCGGACUCUGCCAAUGCCGGACGCAUUGCCCUUGCAUCCCGCUCUGGAUCCCUCUAAUUCCACGGUGCCGACAAAUGUGGCUCGCAAGUUGUUGGCACCCCUACCGGAUAUCCCCCUUGAACUUGUCAUUCAAAUCAUGUUCAGCCUGAAGCCGCCCAAGGAAGAUUGGGAUCUCGUAGAAUUCCCUCAUCUAUAUGCUGACCUAGCAGGACUGGUCGAUAAGGACCUUGAAACGGCUUUGCGGAUCACGUCAAGACCGCUGCCGAGUGGCACGCCCUCUGAGGACAUCUCAGACUUCGCCGAUAACAUCACGCGAUCUCUAACGUACAAGGACCCGGAGGAACCACACAUGAUCGUAGGAAUAUUGCGACAUAGUGCAUCUCAAGAACCGGCAUUGGCGAAGGCUCUGUUGUCAAAAUUGGACCUGGCACGGUUGCUCGAUGCAAACGCCCUCUUCAAUCAGUACACGCUUGGGCGUCUCUUGGAGGCAGCUGCGAACCCAUGUAUUGCUACCCGUCUGAACAGCCCUUGGUUUCUGGAAGUGUUGUCAACUAUCGAGAGCAGCUCAACCCCGGGCUCUCCACGGAUAGCCGCUAUACAGAAUAUACGGGCUCGUUUACAAGGGUGGCAUAUCCUCGAAGACGCGCUCUCGAACACACAAGGAGACUUUGCGCAGGCCCUGCGAAUGUUAUGGGACAUUGGAUGUGACGAGCAGUCUUUGGGGAUCUGGUUAUUGUCAAUGGCCACCAACGAAGACAUUCAAUACCGCUUAUGGGAGAACCCUGUGCUUCCUUUGCAACACGCGUUUCCACCUUCGCUGCUUAUUAGCCAGACAUCUCGCAUCUCACAUGACGAAUUCAUCCGAUAUGUGAGAGCAUAUAUUGGAGUAGCGUGUGUCAUCGUCGUGUUCGCCUGGGCAGAUACCUGGUCGGACCAACACUGUCUAGAAAGGACUCUGGCCAUUAUCCAGAUGUGGCAAGGUACCGCAGGUUAUAAGGAGAUUGUCAACCAUCUCUUGCGCUUGCCCCAGGUCAUUUUCAGGAUGGAAUGUAUGAUAGGCGAUAACACAGCCGACGCUGCACCUUCCCCGUCAGCGAUCCGCGCGGAAAACAUCGUCUUUCGUCUGGCUGAAGAUCCGCGCUCGUUCCUAUCUCCAGACGUCGUGCGAUGUCUCUUCGUUCUCAAAGCACCGAAAGCGCCGCUGCUGCGCAUAUCCGAAGACGAAGUUUGUCAGUUGCAGGAGCAUGCGAUGAUGGCCGAAAAGGGCGUCAUGGGAGCAGUGGCUGGGAUGCAAAGAUUCUCGCAGGAGCCCGUGGAUUCUCGCAGUAUCUGCAUGCUCCGAAUCGCGCUCGCUAUCGUUGAGCAAGCAAUCUGCGGAGACACAUACGGUGGCUGGCACGUCCUUGAAUCCCUGUGGGGCACGGGAUCCCAGGGCCUCUUGUCACAUCUUGCGGAUGCUCUGGCGGCAGCUAGUCACCAUGUUAACGAACAAUUCUCCAUCGUCUUCCAACAGCAGGUCACAACAGACGACAUCGGCCAGUGCUUUCUCGUCGUCAAAGAUAUGCUCUCCCUCUUGAUACGUCUCAUGCCGACAUUUCCCAUGCCAGCGCGCGCGGUCCGCUCCCUCGCCUGCCAUGUAGCGGACGUCUUCCGCUGUACAGAUGCCGCAGACAUGCUCUAUUCGCAGGCCAGCGAUGCUUGCAUAGCCGCUCAGACAACACGUCAAACAUGCAUCGAUUUCACCCGCGAACUUGCUCACGUACCCACCGAUUUGAGCCUGGAACACACCUCGUGCGAGACGGUCUUGCGUUCUCUGUUGAAACAUGGUUUAGAACCGGCGGGACAUGAUCCUGCGUACCAUCUCCUGCAAGUAUUUUCGCUGAUCGAUCACUUGCUCCCUGCCGACGAGAGUAUGGAUGACGAAAGGGAGUUAUGGACUCGCGCUGUCCUCCCUAAUGUUCUGCAAGAUCUGGCAGCCUUUUUCCGAGCACUUGACACGGAAAAUAAAGUGCACAUGGUGAAGCGAUUGGUCAACCUGGACGGAGGUAUCGUCGGCAUAAGCGAGUGGCUGGUGAUAGAAGAAACACGUCAACUGUCCAAUAGAUUGCGAUCUCUGGAAUCGAUUGGAACCUCCGCACCGUUAUUGACUCUCUGGCAAUAUGAGGCCACCUUGAUGCUUCGAUUUUUGUCGGACUUGAUGUCCUCGUCAUCUACUGCCUCGGGAUGGUGCGUUUCGACUUUCAGCACGGUAUUGGACGCCGGCGAUGCAUUAGCCGAACCUCUGAUCUACCUCGCGGAUCGGCACCUGGUAUCGACACACGCACGCGACAUGGUUAAUGCUUUUGGGAAGAUCCGGGACAUCAACAGCGGUUUGCUGUGCAUAGCAUUAGCGAUCUCGCUGUUACGCAUGGUGGGCGUUAAUGAAGACGAGGAUUUCAACCAAUCCCAUGCGCGGUUCUUUGAACAGGCAAUCACACGGCUCGAAUCCUUGAAUUUCGACGGGCAAAUCCCCCACUUCGACUUAAUCCAGCGUGAAUUGGGUGCUGCCUUGUCGUUCUUGAGCAAACUAUCUAUCGAUCAACUAUCAGAGGAUAUCGCACAAUCUACCUUCCGAUUAUACUCGUGGAUGAUCCAUCGGUCGGGAUCAUCAUGUCCCCUGCCCGUGCAAUCCAAGGAUGCGUAUGUGAAGAUGGUCGACAUUGUUACACAGUCUUUACCUCUGGAACAAGCCCGUGCAUUCGUUGCGUUCCGCGAAAAAGUAGCAGCAGAGGAAUUGAAAACGGUUGGUGACCCCGACGUCAGCUUACCCGCCGCAAUCGAGAUACCCCUGCAUGAACUUGCCAGUCUCAUCCAUUCGGAUAGCGCCUUCACUCCGUCUACACCGACCCAGAAACCGAUGAUGCACAUCGAGGAUGCGUUCGGUGUCACUGUCUCACCACCGACAUCUCUCCUCCGAUCGCCUGCCAUAUCAAAGACGAAGACAUACGUAGGGGACGACUUCCGCUCGAGCAGAUCAGGUCCGUCGGGACGGCAGAACACCAGCAGACUUCCCAGUACACAUGUCGACGCGUUCGAACUAGCCUCUUCUCCACCUCUUACUGCUGCAUCCGGCCCGAUACCAGUGACAGUUUGCCCUGGUGACUUGUUUGUAGGUUUGGCUCCUGCGUUCGAUCAAUGA